UCCACUGUUAUAAAGAUGGCGUUUAUUAAAGUGGAGAGUGAAGACCUGAAGAUUGAAGAAGCAUUCACAGUCAAACAGGAAGAUCCAGAGGAACAAACAGAACUGAUGGUGCCGAAAGAAGAGACUGAAGACUUGAAUAUAAAGAAAGAAAACGAUCAGUUUGAGAUAAACCAAGAGUCAAUGACUGAUGAAGAAACCACAAGGACAAAAAAGACUCGGAAAACCAAAUCUAACGGUGGUUUCACCUGCAGUCAAUGUGGGAAAAGUUUCGCUAUAAAACACAACCUUAAAACCCACAUGAGAGUUCACACUGGAGAGAAGCCUUUCUGGUGUGAUCAGUGUGGAAAGAGUUUCAGUCAAAAGUCGAAACUUACAGUCCACAUGAGAGUUCACACCAAAGAGAGGCCUUACACGUGUACCUAUUGCGGAAAGAGUUAUUGUCAAAAACAAUACCUUAAAGUCCACAUGAGAAUUCACACAGGAGAGAAGCCAUACUCGUGUACUGCGUGCGGAAAGAGUUUCAGUCAAAAACAGUACCUUAAAGUCCACAUGAGAAGUCACACAGGAGAGAAGCCAUUUUCCUGCUGUGAAUGUGGGAAAAGUUUUUAUCUAAAUCAGCACCUUAAAGCGCACACGAGAAUUCACACGGGAGAGAAGCCUUUCUCGUGUGAUCGGUGCGAAAAGAGUUUCAGCCACAAAUCAAAACUUGACAUUCACAUGAGAGUUCACACCGGACAGAAGCCGUACUCUUGUACUGAGUGUGGAAAGAGGUUCUGCCAAAAACAAUAUUUUAAAGUCCACAUGAGAAUUCACACUGGAGAGAAACCCUUUCACUGCCAACAGUGUGGAAAGGGAUUUAUUCAAUUACACUCCCUUAAAAGUCAUAUUUCAGUUCACACUAGAAAGAAAUAAUGAGUGAUUUACAUGUUAAGUCAAUGCGAAGACGCUAAUAGACAUCCUGCGGCAUUACUAUCAUGAAUGAGGCGGCAAUUAACUUGGAAAAUUUGCAUACAUUUGCGCCAUUUACCAACUUUGCCUGUUUUGUCCAAGGUCCGUAUAUUUACUACAAGUUCAGCCAGUCUGGUUACUGGUUGCUCAAAACAUUUUCAGACUGUUGAGUGACUAAAAUAGCCCUAAAUUUGAAGUGAAGUGGAUUCUGAUCAGCAUAUGAGGCAUAAUUAAAAUGAUAUGUGAUGCAAUUUUACAAAUGUUAACAUUUAUCAUAAUAAAUAUAAAAAUUCUUAUGAACAGAGCCCGCUUAAAGAACUUGAACGUUGUUGAGAUUCUAUUUGGUUUGAUAUUUUAUCUCUUAUUAAAGUUAUGCAGCACAACAGUGAUGUUGUGAAUUCCAAAUGUGAAGUACAAAUGAAAACGGCUGUGAACGUUUGUAUGAAAUUAAAUAGAUCACUUGGUAUAUCUGCAUUUGUCUAUCGAGAGACCUUUGUUCUAAAAUGUGGAAGUGAGCUUGCUAUUGUGAUGGUUUUAGAACAGGGGUCACCAAACUUGUUCCUGGAGGGCCGGUGUCCUGCAGAUUUUAGCUCCAACCCUAAUCAAACACACCUGAACAAGCUAAUCAAGGUCUUACUAGGUGUACUUGAAUCACCCAGGCAGGUGGUGUUGAGGCAAGUUGGAGCUAAACCCUGCAGGGACACCUGCCCUCCUGGACCGAGAUUGGUGACCCCUGUUUUAGAACAUCUGAUUCAGUUGCCUAUGGGAGAUAUGACUAGGAAGGAUAAAUGGCAGAAAACGCAGCAUCACAAUUCUUCCGGGAGCUCCCUGAAGUCUGCAAAUGAGUUCUAAUGUCCCAGAAAUGGAGGUGUCCCCCAACCCCACGCUACUCAUCACGCAUCUCCCUGGAUCUGCAUUUACAUUGCGCACCACAAAACGCAGGCAUCCCAAUUCUUCCGUAAGCUCCGGUAGUCUCUCGCAUAUGCAUAUAGACACUGAUGUGCGCAAAUAAAUUAUAAUUUCCCAGAAAUUGAGGUGUCCCCCAACCCCACGCUACUCUUCAAUAUCGCAUCUCCCUGGCUCUACAUCUGCACCACAAAACGCAGGCAUCCCAAUUCUUCUGGAAGCUCGGGGAAUCUCGUGCAUAUGCAUAUAGACUCCCUGAUGACUGUAAAUGAGUUAUAAAACACGAGAAAUGGAGGUGUCCCCCAACCCCACGCUACUCUUCACUAUCGCAUCUUCCUAGCUCUACAUCUGCACCACAAAACGCAGGCAUCCCAAUUCUUCUGGAAGCUCCGGGAGUCUCUCGCAUAUACACAACGACUUCCUGAUGUCUGCAAAUGAGUUAUAAUGUCCCAGAAAUGGAGGUGUCCCCCAACCCCAUGCUACUCAUCAACGUCGCGCACCACAAAACGCAGGCAUCCCAAUUCUUCCGGUAGCUCAGGGAGUCUCUCGCAUAUGCAUAUGGACUCCCUGAUGUCUGCAAAUGAGUUAUAAUAUCCCAGAAAUUGAGGUGUCCCCCAACCCACACUACUCAUCAACGUCGCAUUUCUCUGGCUUUACAUCGCCUACCACAAAACGGAGGCAUCCCAAUUCCUCCAGGAGUCUCUCGCAUAUGCAUAUAGACUCCCUGAUGUCUGCAAAUGAGUUAUAAUGUCCUAGAAAUUGAGGUGUCCCCAAACCCACACUACUCCUCAACGUCGCAUCUCCCUGGCUCUACAUCUACAUCGCCCACCACAAAGCGCAGGCAUCCCAAUUUAUCCGGAAUCUCCGGGAGUCUCCCGCAUAUGCAUAUAGACUCCCUGAUGCCCACAAAUGAGUUAUAAUGUCCCAGAAAUUGAGGUGUCCCCCAACCCCAACCAGGAAUCCAGUACUUUUAUUUUGCUGCCUGUAUUGGUGAAAUUGUAGCAUGCAUCUGCGGGAAGCUGUUUUUGUUUUUAACUGAAUGGUUGUGAAAUAAAAGUCUCUGAAUCUGCUGUUGUGUUGACCAUCUUCCUUCAACUCCACUCACCAGUGAUCAUACCUUCUUGAACAAUCUGUUAAUUUUGAACAAAUCUUUUGUGACUCGAGAGUGGUGAGUCCUCCCAGGUAGUAAUGAUUCGUUCAUUCGCAGAUGGGCAAAUUGUGCAGUUGGCGAGAAGAUUAGCAA